AUGCUUCGGCUACCACUUGAUCCUUCCAUGGUUAUUGUUCUAAGCCCUACAUCUUUUGUUCAGCCAAGCCACUUACCACCGAUUACUGCACCGUGGUGUGGUGGGAUCGAAUAUCUGAUCAGCCACAAUAUCUUCGAAGCAGAUUUACUUCGAGCACUAGUCGACCUUUGUCAUCCUCGGGGAUUUGGAAAGAAUCGCGUCGCUAUACCAGGGAUCUCGCCAUUUCUAAUACCUCCGAAUAAGAGCGAUAGUCUAUCGCCUUUUCAGCUUCUAGCGUACCCCUGUUGGGCGCCGCCCAAGCCUAGCGCUCGCCGGGCGUACUUUUAG